GUUUUCGGCUUGCUCGCCAUCUGGUUGGAUUCGAGGACUGGUGGCUCCACACAAACGUCAAUUUGGGUCGGUAUGCGUCUAGGGGAGCAGUCUCCUACCAGGUCACUCCGCUUCAGGUCAACAUUCGUACUCUCCGUUUUGCGUCGGGGGAUCUCAAGGGUAGAUCGACUGCCGGCUCUCAGAAGCCGAAAGCCAAAACCGCAGCUGCCAGUCUCUGUGUUCCGGCCAAAGGAGACGAUGAAGAGACCUUGAGCGGCCCUUCGUCUACCUCGAAUGGCAUUCUCAAGCCAGACUUCGUCCUGGGCGUGCGGGCGGACCAGAACAUCGCAGCGGUAGCCAUGACCGGCGAACACAAGACCGACCCCACUGACCGGCCGGUAGGUCUCAUCAGGUCCGGCCUGGCACAGGCCCUGAUUCAAGUCUUGAGCUCCUUCACUGCAUUCGGGACGUACCUCGCAUAUUUCUCCAUCAACAUCUCUUUCGUUCGGGUUCUCGUCCUUGACGAACAGGUCAUCGUCAUGGAAGCGUCUUCUUGUGUCCGGUCGCAUUUUCUGUCCUCUUCCCCGGAGGGAGCUUCCGGCCCUCACGAUAACGUCCAACGGAGCGAGAGUUGUGUGGAUGUUUCCGUCAGCAAUAUUCCCAUUAUCAGCACCGAGCAGCUCUUCUCCGCGCCCAACGAUAUCGUCAAGCGGAUCGUCCCCCACCGCUUCUGUGCGGAGGAAGCGCCGUAUGAUAUCAAUCGGGAAGGUCUGUACGCCUUCUUCCGGAUGUUCAGACUAGGAGCAGACAUCCUUUUACAACAUGAUCUUUCAUGUCCGCGCAUCGAUUUCGACGCUUCCUCGCGUGAUCGGGUCCUGGUACGAUUGUCCGGGGUGAUGGGAGUACGUCCCCAUUAUACCGACUUGGCGCAGUUCUGGAACAAGAGGGGAGGCAUCAAGCGGUACUUGACGGCUCAUAGGGAGGCUCGCGCGGCAGAUCAGGCCACGUCUGUAGAGGAGACAUUGGCGACCAUGAUGCAAGCGGCAAAUCUGGGCCCUCCUCGAGGCGCAGAUCUCGGGUCUGGACCAGGUCGAGGCGAGAGUUCAUCCAAGCCGUCCAACCCACACUGCGGUACUACGGGAGCAGAGUCAUUGGCGUUGGAAGGGAAGGGACCAGCGGAGGAAGCGCCGACAGGGGCAGAUGUAGGAGAGAGUCUGUCGGACAAAGUAAUAGUGCCAGAGUUGUGGGACGGCCAAGCCAUUUCUGAAGAGAGCGAGCUGAGCGCUUUGUCCGUUAGGCGUUUACUCGUUGUCUCGGGGAAGGAUGAAGCCGUGCCAAGCUUGGGGCUACCGAAUCCUCACGAAGAAACAGUGGAUGCAGUCAGUUUGACUCCUACGCUUAUCCCGUCUGGCACGCCGAAGACUCUCUCUUCCCUCUGGAGCACUGAUACCGAAGCUUUAUUCCAAUCGUUGUACCGCGCCAACGUGACACUCGUCCUCGUCGACCCUUCUACCAUGGACGAACUACUCGACGUAGCAAAACCUCGGGCAGUAUCCAACACGGCCCCUGUAGGGUUCCCCCUUGGCCACGAUUAUCAACACAUCGGAACCGCUGGAUAUUGGACGGAACCGUUAGAUAUUGGUCGGAACGCUGGAAACGUCAGAAACGCUGGAAAAUCACGGAACGCUGGAAUUCAGACAUACACGGGUUUAUCGAGACGACCCGCCUCCAUCCGCCAAAGCAAGUUUGAACACCUCUGCGGCAAGACAUGUCUCGCACAAGCACAAACCUUUGUUCGUUGGUGCCGAGGUGUACAUAACUACCUCUCUGAUAAAGGUGCUCAAGGUCAUCUCAGCGGCCUUGAGCCCGAGCCUUUCAGACGACUUGUAAAUCCGGCAGUGCCGACAGAUCAUUCCGUUGUCUUUCCCCCGAAUACCAUUGCAGGGGAGGCUCCCCCAGACGCCACAAAUUCGACAACAGCUGUAGCUUUGACAGCUACUCAACGUACCACCUGGCUAGAUUGGGCCAACAAAGAGCGUAAAGCUCGUUCAACACUCAUUUUCACAAUCUCUCCGGGACUAGCCACCCAAGUCGAGGACCUCUGGUCAGCCCAAGAAAUCUGGGCGCGUAUUACUGCGCAGCAUCAAGUUAAAACGACAGAGAGGCGUAAUGAUCUCAAUCAACGUAUUUCCCUCCUUCGUCUAGUUGAAAAUGCCAACGUCGACACCAUGCACGCUCACCUCGAGACCUUUAGAACCUUGUUGAUGGGGAAAGAUGCGGCACCGCGUGACAGGAAGUUAGGGGAAGGGAACCGAGGGAGAGCAGAGCAGAGGAAGUUAGGAGAAGUUAGUCGAAAGGACUCUAUCGAGUUCGACGGAUUAGGACAGAGGAAAGCGGGAGUUGGAGGCAGUGCUGCAGUAGGUAGGGACGGGGUUUCCCCUUUCGAGAUUUCCCCACUGGGUUUGCUCAAAGCGGUUUUUCACCUGUCCGAGUAUAGGAGACACGAUCCAUUAGCACCAGAGCCCCUAGAUUUCCACGAGACAUCCAUCGAGUUCGACCCAACCUGCGACCUAGUCGUCGUGUUUCCAGUACCGUUACAGAUAGCUAUAUACAAAUCGAGAUACAUCGCCAUCAUACGCCGUGGUUACAAUCCUUUCGACGUCUGCGCCCUCCUGGUUGGCUGGAACCAUCUCGUAACCGCGUACCACAGUAUUGCCGACACCCGCCGUCUUGAGCAAGAAAUGGAGAACCAUACUCAACAAGCCAUCAGUGCUGUUCUCGUAAAUAAAGAUGCUAUCAAGAAGGAUAAGGGGAGAUCAGGUAGUAGGGUAGGAAAAGGUAGAGGUAAUGGUGCUGGUAGUGAACAUGGAGGUAACAAGGAGAAGGAGAAGGGACAAGGAAAGACGAGGAAAGAAGGAAAACAUGGGAAGGACGAGAGUGACAGUGAAGAAGACGAAGAGUGUGAUUGGUGUGGUAAAUACGGACAUAGUGUGGAAGACUGUCGCAUUAAGAAACGCUGA